AUGUUUUAUAAAACAUCUUACGCAUUAAAGAUAAUUGAUAUUGGAGCAAAUGUCAAUUCAUUUGUAACAUACAAAAUAGUUGAAGAAUGUUUUCAAAAGUCCGCUUUAAUUUAUGCAAUUGAAAAGAAAGAUAUAUCAUUAAUUUUACAUUUGUUAGAAAAAGGUGCAGAUAUCAAUCAGGAUAUCAAAUUCGAAAAAUCACCUUUCAUUUGUGCUUUUGAAACACAAAACUUUGAUGUAAUUAAAAUCAUUAUAGAUAUAUAUAGUGGUGCAAAAACAAAUAAUACAUACAGCAAAGCCCCAAUUAUAUAUGCGUUAGAAUCAAAGCAACUAAAUUUAAUUGAACAUGUUUUAUCGAUUGGUUGUUCCGUGAAUGCUUAUAAUGCAAAAACCAACGUGUAUUCAAUUGAUUAUGCAUUUGAAAUGCACUCAGACGAGAUAAUGAAAUGUUUAAUAGAUAAUCACGUUGACAUUUCCAAAUCAACAAGAUUCAUGAAUAUUGAAAAGGAAAUAUUUAAAGGAUUUCAUAUUGAUGUUAUUGAUUCCUUAAUAAUGAAUCCAAAUUUGAAUAUUUAUUACGAUGUUUCAAAUUAUUCAUUUCUACCAAAAUAUUUAUGCCAAUGCCCAGAAUUUGCAAUCAAAUCAUUACAACAGAAAUUUAAUUGCAUCAAUGCAAUCGAUAAACAUGGAUACACCGCAAUUUAUUGCGCAAUCAAACACUUCGGUUCAAAUCUUGAUAAAAUAAAACUCCUAUUAGAUUUGGGAGCUGAUCCAAACAGAUGCAGAUUUAAAGCUUUCGUUGCAAUUGACACAGCUAAUGAAGAACUAAUCAAACUUUUGAUUCAAUAUAAAAUUUAUCUCACAGUAAGAUGCACUGAUAACAUAUCUGUAUUCGAAUACUCUUUGAGAUUAGAAUCUUCAAAAAUUUUAAAGAUUUUAAUUGAUUCACUAACAAGGAAAGGAAUAAUUUUUGAAAGAUUUUUCCCUGCACUUAUGUCACAAUCUGAUUGUUUCAAAAUAGAAGUGAUGCAUGAGUUUGAAAAUCAAAUCUUUCAUAAAUCAAUUUUAACAAUUGCAAUAGAAAUGAAGAAGUACAACAUGAUUCAAAAUUUACUAUUCUUUUUAUAUGAUCGAAAGUUUUUAGAUAAGUGUUUAGUGUUAUGGUUAAAAGAAUAA